AUGCUUCGAUUCAGAAGAUACAUUUCUGUAUCCAGAAAUCUUCUCCAGGCGAUCUCAAAAGAUCAGUCACAAAGCUAUACAAAAUUAUUUAAACAACCCUAUUUCCAUAAAAUUAAUGAGCAAUUGAAUAAAAGGAUUGAAACUUUAGAACCUUAUGAACUCUCAAACGAGAUAAAUAAUGUAGUGAAAGAUUUGAAAUAUACUGAACAAGAAGCAUCAGUUGUCCAUAAUAAGAUUAUUGAAGAACUAACAAAGUAUAAUUUUGGUAUAGCCACUAUUCAGUCACGAAUUCUAAACGAGUUAAAACAAAAGCUAUCUACAGAAGCUCUUUUACAACUGAUUGAACAUAACCCUGGUAGAAUUAAAUCAUCUUGGGAGCUAUUUGUCAAUAACGUGAAGGAUUUUGAAGAAGUACCAGAUGAAUUAUUAGCUAAAGUUUUGUCAAAAGUCGUAAACUUUGAUUUCGCGGAUAUCAAAGAUGGGAAGAAAACAAUGACAGUAGCUGAUGUCACCAAUGCAUCUUACAUCCUUACAAAUAUAAAAGACAAAACAUUGAUAGAUCAAAAACUUAUUGAUCGAAUUACUACCGCAAUCUUGGAAUCAAAUGCAACCAAAUGUCUUCCAGUAAUUUUGAGUUAUUCUCCCUCACUCAAUGUCUUCAGCCAAAAAUAUGAGGAACUAUCCAAUUUACAGACAUAUUACAUCUUUAAAUCAUAUCCAUUCGAAGAUUUGAGAGCUUCUUCAUCAUAUGUCUAUAAUCUAACCAGGGCAACGGGAAGACCUGAUGCUUUAAAAGCUACCGAAGAAGAAAUAGAGACAAAUAAAUUAAUUGAUGAACAGAUUACAAAUAUCAACAAGAGUUUGAAUAAGAAAUGGACUAUUAGCACCCCUGAACUUGAACCAGACCAAGUUGAAAAGAAUUUCUUCCGCAUAUUGGAAGAUUUACAAAAUGGUAACAGAAUAGAUAACGAUUUUGGUUUAGCAAAGUUAAUACUUAGAAUAUUUUCGUUAAGUAGGGGAAACAUUGAAGAAUUUAUGAAUUUCUACGUAAAAUGCGGUGAUAAAUUUGAAGAAAGAAAAGAUGAAAUCGCAUUUGAGGCAUAUUUAGCAUAUAGCUAUAAAGCCUUUAAGACAGGUGAUGCAUCGUUCCUACAAGCUGCUCAGAAUUGGCUACCUAAACUACCUCAAGAUGCUAUUUUAAGAACAAAUAUACUAAGGGUGGCAAUUUUAACAGAUGCCAGAUUCGAUAUAGAAAAGUCAUUGAAUAUUUUUAACGAUAAUGUCCAAAAUCUAAGCAAAGAAAAAAAUGAACACGAGGCAGGAUCACAAUGUGAUUUAGUUACAGAAUCAUUGAUAUUAGCAUAUUUAUACAAACAAGAUAUUGAUUUCGCCAGAAUGGUCUUAGACAAAGCUAUGGGCGAAAAACUGUUUUCUGGUAAAGCUGCAGUUAGGAACAUUAAGAAGCAUUUAGCUGGAUAUGGGGAAGCUGUAGAAAAUAAGACCCUACAAAUUUUUUUAGAUGAAGAUAUUUGCGAAUACCUGCAAAAUCUAUAA